UGUACCGGUAGGCGGUGAAAGUGGUCAGAGAGCUUUGGUCUAAAUUUCCUGAUGGCAAAGUGCUUAAAACCGCCGCUAUUAAAUUGGCGUGUUUCGUCCUAAUUUUCUUUGAUGAGAUUAUUGCUUUUCUCUCUUUUAAAUAUAAAAAACCGAUCAUCUUCAUUGCCCAAACCAUCUCAAAAGAAGAAAAGAAAAAAAGGAAGAAGCUUUUUUUUCUCAAAAACCUCUCUCCUUUCUUCUAAAAAGCUGCGUCUUUUGUACGAAUCCAUUCCGUCUCUUUGUUUCCUCCUCUCCGAUCAUCGCUGCACGCUCUGUGGGUUAGCUUGGCUCCAAGGUUGAAGCUUUGUGUAAUCAUGGGUCACAGACAUUUUCCUGGUUCAUCCCAGUUUUUUGAUGAUGAACAUGAUCAAGACUGGAACUAUAUACACCCAGAGCGUCCUUAUACGAAUCUAGCAAGAUCUGGGACCAAUGAGAACAACAGAUCGCAUGUUUAUCCAGCAGAAAACAUGUCGAGUGAAGGAAUGCCAGUUUCUUCCCACUGGAACUCUUCUACAGGACCAAAUGCAUAUACUACUCCAGGUCAUGGUGUGGAGAGGCCACACUACAAUCCAGGCACUUCAGGCCCAUCCAAUGUUCCUUUCAUGAGCUCAACAGUUGCAACUUUCUCUGCUCCACAUGAACACUAUGUGACAUCUGCAUCUUCUUCGAACUGCAUCAGCCAUACAUGGUCAAAUGACAGCUAUGUUGAUCCACCUAUGGAAAAUAUGAGAGGAUCACUGAAGCGGAAAGCCCCAUAUGAUUCUUCCAACUAUGAAAUGGGUAGCUCAAGCCAUUACCACGGUGACAGAGCUUCCUCAGCCAUGCCUUUCCCCUCGGAGAUGCACAUGGGAAAAUCAAUAACUCAUGGUCAGGAUCCUCAUUACAUGCCGUGGCUCAUGGACCCAUCUUACAGAAAUAAUAAUCUCUCGAUGAGGGGGGAGAGUUCUUCAAGGAGUGUCCGGUCUCGUCAUACACCUGAUUUAGAGACCAGCGUAGAUAGAAAUAAUUUGCCAAGAACCUCAGGCUUUGAUUCUCAUCCUGCACACCACAAUGUCGAGCAUUUUAGCUCAGGUCCAUUCCAUGGUCAGCCAUCUCACAGAGAUAAGAACUGGAACUGUCCUAGACUCUCCCCAGUCCCUGGAGAUAUAAGUGGCUUUAGUCCAGAGACAAUUAAUUUUCUUCCUUCAAGAGUUGUUGUCAACAGCACACCUGUUGAUACCUCUGGCUAUCACCAGGGGCUAAUUGGAAACAGAAACUCUGCAGCUCCCCACUGUUUUCCCGGAACGUCAACACAACCUCCAGGCAGCUCCCGCUUCUCUCAUAGGUCGACACCCACCUAUAGAUCUUCAUCAAACGGUCUGCGAUUAGGACAUGUAGCAUCUUCUUCUGCAGACAGGUCUCAUUUGGUUAAUGAGACAUAUCCUUCUAGGCAUCUAAGGCCACCACCACACAUUUCAUGGCGUAGCAGUGGUCGCCCAGGGAGACGCAGGAGUUCCUAUGAGAGGUUUCAGCCUCCUUUCGAUGAAGCUUCUCUCCAUGAACGGUUUUCAUCUCAGGGAUUUAUGGUUGUAGAUCAUCACAGAAAUAUGCUUGAUCACCACAGAGACAUGAGGCUGGACAUAGAUGACAUGACCUACGAGGAGCUUCUUGCGCUCGGAGAAAGGAUUGGGAGUGUCAACACUGGUCUAUCCAACGGAGCAAUCUCCAGUUGCUUGUUAGAGACAACAUAUUACACAUUGUAUCAAACGGAUGAGCCAAGAAAAUGCGCAAUCUGCCUGGAGGAGUACGAAGAAGGAGAAGAGUUAGGGGAACUUAAAGGGUGUGGUCAUGACUACCAUGGUGGAUGCAUCAAGAAAUGGCUCUCUAUGAAGAACUCUUGCCCUAUUUGCAAAUCCCCUGCUUUACCUGAUGCUUCUUCUAAGAAUCCAGAAUAAACUGUAAUUAGAUUAUUAGUUAACCUCCUUUGCUUCAAGGUUAUAUUUUCUGUGUGCAUGCUAUAUAAUAUUAUAUUCAUUGGCCUUUUAUGUUUAAAGAAACUAAACAUAAGUUGUCAUAAGGAUAGUUGUAAAUAGAAUGAUCAAUCUUCAAGGGUUCUUAUAACAUGUUAUAUUUUUC